CCAUCAGGCACAAUUUAUCCCUUCACAGUCGAUUCAUCAGGGUACAGAAUGAAGGAACUGGGAAAAGCUCAUGGUGGAUGAUCAACCCAGACGGUGGGAAAGGUGGGAAAGCACCACGGAGGCGUGCUGUUUCAAUGGACAACAGCAACAAGUACACGAAAAGCAGAGGACGAGCGGCUAAGAAAAAGGCUGCUCUUCAAGCUGCCCAGGAAACUACUGAAGACAGCCCCUCCCAGCUCUCCAAAUGGCCAGGCAGCCCAACCUCACGUAGCAGUGAUGAGCUGGAUGCAUGGACGGAUUUCCGGUCUCGUACAAACUCAAAUGCCAGCACAAUAAGUGGCCGCUUGUCACCAAUAUUGGCAAGUACUGAGUUAGAUGAGGUCCAGGAUGAUGAUGCUCCACUAUCACCCAUGCUGUACGGUAGCCCACCCAGCAUGUCCCCAUCGGUAAAUAAACCCUGUAAUGUUGAGCUGCCUAGGUUGACUGAUAUGGCUGGCACCAUGAACUUGAAUGAUGGCCUGACAGAUAAUCUUAUGGAUGACCUUCUGGAUAAUAUCACACUCCCCUCUUCCCAGCAAUCACCCACAGGAGGACUCAUGCAAAGAAGCUCAAGUUUUCCUUAUGGAUCCAAAGGUUCAGGUCUUGGUUCUCCAUCAAGCAGUUUCAAUAAUGCUGUGUUUGGACCUUCAUCUCUGAAUUCCCUCCGUCAGUCUCCCAUGCAAACCAUCCAAGAGAACAAGCAAGCUACAUUUUCUUCCAUGUCUCACUACAACAACCAAACGCUGCAGGAUCUGCUAGCAUCGGAUUCGCUGAGCCACAGCGAUGUCAUGAUGACUCAGUCUGAUCCACUCAUGUCACAAGCUAGCACAGCUGUGUCUGCCCAAAAUGUACGCAGGAGCAUUAUGCUCCGGAACGACCCAAUGAUGUCAUUUGCUGCUCAGCCAAGCCAGGGCAGUUUGGUCAAUCAGAACCUGCUCCACCACCAGCAUCAGUCCCAGAAUUCUUCUCUCAGUGGCAGCUGUGCCUUGUCAAAUUCCAUUGGUACUAUAGGCUUAAGUGACACAAACAACGUAGGGUCGGCCAAACACCAGCAACAGUCACCUGUCAGCCAGUCUAUGCAAUCACUUUCUGACUCACUCUCAGGCUCUUUAUAUUCCAACAGUGUGAGCCUUCCAGUCAUGGGGCAUGAUAAAUUCCCCAGUGAUUUGGACCUAGAUAUUUUCAAUGGGAGCCUGGAGUGUGACAUGGAGUCCAUUAUCCGCAGCGAACUCAUGGAUGCAGAUGGUUUGGAUUUUAACUUUGAUUCCCUCAUCUCUGCCCAGAAUGUUGUCACUCUGAAUGUGGGAAACUUCACUGGUGCUAAGCAAGCUUCAUCACAGAGUUGGGUUCCAGGCUGAAGGAUUUAUGCAAAGAGGGAAAAUGGUCAAAGCAGGCCCUUGUACUGACAUAAGAAUGAACGAAAGAAAAAAACACAAAAACAACCCUUUGCCAAAUCAACUGUCAACAAGUGGACAGAGAUACCGUUUACAGCUUAUAACCUUUGUGAAUCCUGUAUUAUUUUCAUAAUGAAACAGACUGUUAAUGAGCCCCAGAAUCCUAGUGACAAACUGCCUUUUCUGGAACUCAGUGCAUUCUUGAAGUAUGCAAAAUCUUCCUACCGUGGGAUGGGCAAGCACCAACGUGGAUACCACAUUCAGCUACCAUCCUGCUUCAGAACACACUGUGUAGCCUUUAGGAUAGUUUCUUUGUCGAAUAAUAUAUGGUGUUCCAAUAUGUCACUGGGUUGCAGAAUGCUUUUGGUUGGCUAUUUUUUUGCCCAAAGUUUAGCCCACCCCUACUCACCCUCUCUAAGGUGAUACCCCCGUGCAAUGCUUUAAUUGUUCCUUUUUCUCUUUUUACAAGCUGAUUCCUCAGAUACAGAAUAAUAUAUGCACAAUGAAAAGCUAAAUCAGUUUUGUUUCAGUAGACCAAUACCACUUGAAUGCUGCAGCCUUUAUAGGAUCGCCAAGUGAUUGGAUUUAAGAGGUAGUUUAUGGAAGGGUUUUACUGUUUUUGGUUUGGGGUUUUUCCCCCUGUUUGGUCAGUUGGUUCUAACUCGGAUCCUACAACCCUCAAGUAAGUCUUUUCCUAAAUGCCAGGGUAUACCUUCUGUUUAUUCUCAGCAUCAGGAAGGUGGAUUUUACCUCACAAAAUUAGCCACCGCCAAUGCUGCGUCCUCACCAGUGUUGAAAAGGUAUGAGAGAGAAGGCCAUUUCAAAGUGUUAGUCACAAACUAACUUGCUGUUGGUCAGAUUCAACCUAGCCUUGUGUGUUGUGCUAACAUGUUCUGCCCAAACAGCUGCAAUGAAUUUUAUUUUUCAUUUGCCUGUAUGGCUUAGCAACUGGAUGGUAUGAAAAUGAAUAAGUGAAGCUGCAGUUUAUCACACCAAACAAUUUGACCGUAACCAUCUAGAAGGCAACAACUUGCUUUCAAAUAAUAAUAAUAGUAAUAAUAAUGAUGAUGAAAAAAUAUAAAAAAAAAAGGGUAGACUUAAUGCAUUUUUUAAAAUAAUUUUGUGUAUACACAUCAUCCAGAACUUGGGUGAUUUAUUACAAUGAUAAUUAUUUUUACAUCCUCUCCUUGACUGGUCUUUCCUUCUCGUGAAUGUGUCACUGAGACCUGAGAGGAGAAGCUGAGGGGUGGCAGGAAGGAGAGGCAAGGAAGGGCAAACCAUACAGACAGCUUUUCUUAGGAGCGUAGACUGUAAUUGGAUAGAUUCCACUGAAAAUAAAAUAGUUUUUAUAUAUUUUGCUUAUAUGGGUUUCUUUUGUAAAUUUUAAUAGUAAUGACGAACAACAGUGAUGGUGCUGUGCAGAUCCUCUCUUCUGAUUAUUUUUUACUGGUAUCUCUUUUGUGGGGGAAGGGAGGAAGAGACACAGAAGGAAAACCCAGUGGUACAUUUUAAAUUUUUAAAAAAUGGAGUGAAGACACUUUGGCUAGGACAAUGUAUACCUUUCUCGCCAGAGUGAUAUACGAAGAUGUUUUUCUUGGCAUAAAGACGUGAUGCAUAUAAAUAUAUAAAUAUAUUUUAUUAUGUACAGAAACAGAUCAUUAUGCAUGAGUGUUAGGAGAACAGACUAGCAUUUUAACCCAAAGUUUCAGUGCAUGAGUUUCCACUGGCACAUGAACCAUGUACAAUGUGGUGCAACUCCCUUCAGCCACUACAUGCAAGUGUGCGUGUACCCAUAGACAUACACAAUCACGCACACACACAUCUGUGGGCUCCAUAUUGCUUCUUCUUUCCCAACCCUCUGAGGUAAACUUCGUGAAAUCACAGCUCCUAGUGUGAUGGAAGUUUUGUUUUGUACUGUAGCCUCUUCAUGCUCGUGCUACGCUAUUCUGUAGAUGAACACGUGAACUCCAUCAUGCAGUUCAUAAAUGAAUUAUCUGUGCUGUUGUGAUUCUAAGUAGAUUAUAGAACAUAAACUUUCCAAACAGUCAAGAUUUUUAUCAUUAAAAAAGACUAUUUUUUUAACAAUGAAGGUGGUGUAUUUGUCAAUGGCAGGGUCUAGUUUAUUAUAUUUCUUUAAUCAGAAGUAACCAAUGUGUUCAUUUGCUCACCGCAUUGGAAAGGGCUUCCCCGAGAGGAAAACACUAUAUGAAAACAUAAUCUGUCCCAGGGAUUUAGGAAAGGUGUCAGUUUAUUUAGAGAAGCUCUGAUAUAGGUACCUAUUACCAAAGCUAGUUAAGAAUUUGCUUAUUUGCCUUCACUACAUAAGAGUAUCUGGUACAUCAUCAAAUGUGAAUUCAGCUGACAAUGUCAUUUCUGUUUUUUGUUGCUGUUUUCUGAUAACAGCAAUGUAUUUGGUGACUGACAUUUUAUUUGUAAAGUAUGCCCCCCCCCCGGAAAUCUGCACAAAAAAUCUGGUACAUAGAAGGUUUUAUGGGUUCCACACUUUUAUUUCUGUUAAGCUUCCAUUUGAAGGUGUAAUCCUUCAGGGAGACAAUGUAGAAGAAGAUUGUCUCUUUUGCAAGCUCUAAUUUUAUCUAGGUGAUUCAGUUAUAUAACAUGUAGACAAGAUGGGUGCAAUCCAGCCAAAGUUUAGCAUUUUCUAAGUUCCACUGAUUUUCAUGGAAAAGAAUUAAGUCCUUGUUGCCACCAACAUCAGUAGGGUUCUAAAGCUGCAAUCCUAUGCAUACUCAGCUGGGAAUAAACCCCCCAUUGAAGACAGUGGGACUUCUGAAUAAACAUGCUCUGGAUAAGGUUUCAUGUCUGCAAUGCUAAAUGCAACUACUCAAGAGCAAUGCCCCUUCACAAGGAGCUCUCAUUUCACUCAGUGGACCAUUGGUCUGAUGGGCUCUUCUUCUGUUCGCCACCAUAUAUGCUUGUUUAGAAGUAUGCAGACUUUCCUAGAUGAUAAGACAUUACUUUAAAGUUGUGUAAAUAUGCACAGAAGCUCAACCAUGUGGACUGAAAUCACAUUCUCAAGAGUGCAGUGGGAGUUAUCCUGUUGGUGAAGAUAACUGUGGCACCCCAGGGUAUGUGUAAAGGAGCUGUAUGUCUGACUAACAGGAAAUUUCAUCACAAACCAGUUAAAGGCAAUUUGGUUCUUUUGGGUUUUAUCCUACUACUGUGCCAAACUAAGGGUGGUGCAUUCCAUGGACACAAGGUGCUUCCUCCCAAUGAAAGAGGCUCUUCUGCUAGCAGGAUGUGUCUUGCCGUAAUAUAACACACCUUGUGCUGAUGGAACACACUCAGCCUUUAGCUGAGCAGAGCGGUAGGAUACAACCAACUUAUUUCAAUAGGAUAAAAUCAGUGUAUAGAACUCCAUGCUAAUAAGAUAAGGGUUUAAUGUAGCCAUAUAGGAUGUAGUCCCACCAACUUUGCACACAUUGCACUCUAAUCCUGUGCAUAGUUCCUCAGAGGUUAUUUCCUAAUGGAGUGUUGCAUUCAUCUCUUAAUUAUAGGAGUAUAAACCUGAAAAGAGAUUUUGAAUGUUGUUCCACCUUUGUUCUUCAAUAGCUGAUCUCCAAAAUAUGCAGCCCCUAACUGGGAGCCUGAUUAAGGAAUAUUGCUGUUUAGGCAACUUCCCAGAGAUUAGUUCCAGUUUAGAGACUGAAGUAAUCUCUGUGCUUUCUGUGUCAUCCUUCAACGGCUAUGGAAUCAACUGCUUUCUCAAAACUGCCUCUCUGAGUUGGCAUCUACAGCUACUGUAUAUGCAAGGGCAUGGAGGAGUCAGGUGCUCAGUGAAAUCAAGUACCUGAAUAGUCAUCUCCCAGCUAUUGUGCCAAGUAGUCAGGUGUCUGUUCUAAAUUCAAAGACAAAUGUAACUGCUUGGCAGUUACCCAGAAUAAAACGUUGUUCGUCUUCAAGGUGCCACUGGACUCAAACUUUGUUCUGCUGCUUGGCAAUAUGACUACAUUCUUGGGCUGCACAUUUCAAGCCAUUUCUUCUGAAGUAGUCCUGGAGUUCUCGGCACUGAUAAGUGAUGCGAAUUUUCCAGUCCUGCAAACACCACACAAGGGCACAGUUGUGAACAUCACUGAAUACUCCCAUCCUAAGUCCCAAACAGCAUUUAAACAUGAAAUAUUGCCCUAAAAUUAAUACACUAGCCAUGUGUUUACAGUGUUGGGUACAUGAUCAUUGUCAAUACUUGUGAACGACCUCUGUUACUCUCAUGAGUCUAUGGGCAAUUUCACAGAUGUGUUGAAUUAUUUGUGGGGUUGUACUUUUAGUAUAGAAUUGGGUAAGUAGUUCCAGUCACCUUUGUUGAAUACCAAUUUGGCACAGAUGCACAGACUAUUUUCUUUAAAUAUCUAUUGAGUACUUCAUAGUAUCCUGUUUUUAGCUCACUUCGUAUUUCUUAUUUGAUUUCUCUCUCAUGAAUUAAUUUCUCCAAUAAGAGUUACCAGGCUAUUGCCUAUCAUACGAAUAUUUUCAAAAACUAAACCUUAGAACAUUUAUCUCUUGGAAAUUAUGUCAUUGCUUGGCAACCAACCUUCUUUCAGUAGUUUCUGUACAUGGUGUCUAUCAGAACUACCAGCAGAUGUGAAUGGGGACCAGAUACUUUUAUUUACUAUGGGGAGGGAUGGGGUGGGAAUGUGAAAUGUAUUGUACAUUUUGGUUUCACGUGUGAAACUUUUUUUAACCAAAAAAAGUUGCAUGAAUGGACAAAAUAUGUAUACAGUAUCUGUAAAACUGUCUUAUCUGGGUUCUUUCUUUCACUGUCAAACCACAUCCUUUUGAAAUAAUAUUCCAUCCACUGCCUUAGCGCAUGGCCGUCUUUCCUAAGAGGUACAUGAUUUUUACUUUUCUUAUGAGCUACCUUGCAGUUUCGUUAGAAAGCCAGCACUGUUGUUAACUAAGGCUUUUGUGGAAACCAGUUACUGACAUGGGUGAAUAUACUACCUUGUUACAUAAUGAUUGGAAGUCAGUUUGAUUUGGAAAUCUUCCCCAUUGCAAAUGAAAUAGCAGUGCAGAGCUUAACUCCACUUGAUGUUUAUAGUAGACAUUGCCUUGUGUAUUCCAUUCUCAAUUGUAAUCUAGUUUGUAAAAUAAAUGGUGACGCAUGUAAAUAAAGCAUAA